AUGACUCCAAAUAUCACAAACAAUAGUAGUGGUAAUAAUGGAAUAGUUCUUGUUAACGGUAAUGGAGUUCUCAACAAAAUCAAUGGUGCUGAAAGUAAAAAAGAACAUUUGAAGUUGGCACAAGGUUUCGGUACAAAAGCUAUACACGUAGGUCAAGAUUCCGACCCUCACUCAGGAGCUGUUAUCCCGCCAAUUUCUUUAUCUACAACUUUUAAACAAGAAUCAAUUGGAAAUCCAUCAAGAAAUGCAUUUGAACAAACGAUUGCAUCAUUGGAAAAAGGAAAAUAUGCAUUGGCAUUUUCAUCAGGAUCUGCCACAACAGCAACAAUAAUAACAACCAUUGGCACAGGUGGUCAUAUAAUAGCAGUUAAUGAACUUUAUGGUGGCACAUAUCGUUAUUUCAAACGAGUGGCAGAUUCUCAGAGUAUUGCGACGUCGUUUGUCGAAUUGAAUGGAGAUGUUAGUGAAAUUGAGAAAGGGUUUAGAGAUGAUACAAGGAUUGUUUGGAUUGAAACACCAUCAAACCCAACAUUAAGAUUGGCCGACAUAUCAGCCAUAGCAAAAAUAACUCAUAAACAUAAUGCAAUUCUGGUGGUUGACAACACGUUUUUGAGUCCGUAUUUUCAAAACCCAUUAGAUUUGGGAGCUGACAUAGUGGUACACUCAGUGACAAAAUACAUAAAUGGUCACUCGGAUGUUGUUAUGGGAGUGGCAAUAACAAAUUCCCAUGAAUUAUACGAGAAGAUAAAAUUUUUACAGAACGCAAUGGGAGCAAUUCCAUCACCGUUUGAUUGUUGGUUGGCAAGUAGAGGCGUUAAAACAUUACAUCUACGAAUGAAACAACAUGAAAAAAAUGCCUUGGCAUUAGCAAAAUAUUUGGAAAGUGUACCUGACAAAGUUGAAAAAGUCAUAUAUCCGGGAUUGGAAUCUCAUCCACAAUAUGAGUUGGCUAAAAAUCAACAGAAAGGAUUUGGUGGUAUGAUAUCCUUCAAAAUUAAAGGUGGUUUUGAUGAAGCAAAUACAUUUUUACAAUCCACAAAUUUAUUUACUUUAGCUGAAUCAUUGGUACGAGUAGAAAGUCUAGCAGAACAUCCAGCAAGAAUGACACACGCAUCUGUUGCCAAAGAGCAUCGUGAAGCUCUUGGUAUAACAGAUAAUCUGAUUAGACUAUCAGUUGGUAUAGAAGAAACUAAAGAUUUGGCAAGUAAAAUUAAUUCAUAA